GGAGAUAAUGUAAGAGUGUUUCUUGGUGCUGCCAUCUCUACCGCAGCAACAAACCGCAAGUAGGUCUGCAAGGAGAGGGGACUCAUUACCCCUUGCGACGCCAACCUUAGCGCACAUGCGGUGUUAAACAUCACGCACUCGAGCUAUGUUUGCAGCACUGGUACUGAGUUUGGUCAUCGCGUUCGCAGCGUGGUUUGUCAUACAACGCAAGCGACGCCUGUCUUUCUUCAGGGACCUUGGGAUUCCAGGACCAUCACCCAGCUUUAUUUCGGGAAAUCUCUCGGAACUUAUUCUUAAGGGGACAGCAGCUGCAUUCAAAGAAUGGAUAGAAAAGUAUGGCGACUUCGUGGGGUUCUACAAUGGUGCCUUUCCCGUUCUUAUCGUCAAGGAUCCGGAGCUAAUCAAGAAAAUCCAGAUAAAGGAUUUCGGCAACUUUCAUAGCCGAGGCGUGUCAUCAGGUUUCGCACGAGUGCACCCGAUCAACAAGCAGAACCUGGUCAACACUUCGGGUGACCGUUGGAAAGAGAUGCGCAGUCUCCUCACGCCGGCCUUCACGACAAGCAAUAUGAAGAAGAUGGCAAACCUUAUGGACGAAUGUACCAACGAGUUCCUCGGCGUCCUCAAAUCUCUUCAGUCGCAAAACAAGGCGUUCGAGGCUCGCGAGAUAUUUCAAAGACUGACAGCCGACGUGAUAAUUCGGUCAGCGUUCGGCCUGAAGUCAGACUUGCAGCAGAAGAAGGGAAGCAAGAGUACAACUGAGUCGCUCUUUCAGGACAGUUUGAGGAGUUUCCAGCAAUUCCGGUGCGCAUGGAUGAGCUUCUUCACUGCCUGUUUUCCCGAGUUUGCUCCUCUGUGGAAGGUGAUACUUUCAUUCAAGGCCCGCUAUAGCAAGACGGCCACUGACAACACCCUUGACGACAUUACUCCCAUUCUACAGUUCCGCCGUAAAAACAGAGAGGCGGCCAGGAAUGACAUCUUACAGCUGAUGCUUAAUGCCGAAGUGGAAGAAGGCGCAACCGUCAAUGUACACUCACUUGCAAUAGACUACGACGCAGACUUGGCGCCGGAAAAAAACGAGCCAGCGAAGAUUGGCAAGAAUAAAAAGAAACGCUUUCUGACGAACGAGGAAAUCUUGUCGAAUGGCCUCGUUUUCUUUGUAGCAGGCUUUGAGACAACGGGCACAGCAAUGUCUUUCAUGGCCUAUCUGCUAGCGAAACACCCGGAUAUCCAGGAUCGGCUCCGCGACGAAGUCCUGGCGGUACUGGAGAGAGAUGGGGCAUUCACGUAUGAUAACGUUUUUGGUAUAAAAUACUUGGAUCAAGUGAUAUCAGAAUCUCUUCGCUACUAUUCCCCCGUUGUUGGGUUCACAACAAGAAGGUGCGCACGCGAUUACACACACAAUGGUGACACCAUACCGGCUGGAACCAGCGUUCUCAUUCCAAGCUACCAUAUGAGCCAUGACCCUACCUUUUGGGAGGAACCAGAAAAAUUUGAUCCUGACAGGUUUAGCACCGAAAACAAAGGACAAAUAGACCCCAUCGUGUACCAACCAUUUGGACAGGGACCACGUAACUGUAUUGGGAUGCGUUUCGCUCAGCUGGAGAUAAAAUUGACCAUGGCCAAGACUCUGGCAAAAUACAAGUUCGUGCUGGAUGAUCGUCAUGUCAAUGAGAAAAGCUUGGAGAUUGGAUCGUCUUUCAUCUUUGCGUACCCUCAAAAUGGAAUUUGGCUCAAGGUUGAAGAACCCCCUUUCACCAAAAGUUUAUGUUCGUGCGUUGUGCAAGUGAACUCGACGUCGGCAUCGCAAGCCAUGCUUGAAGCCUUGCUCCUGAGCCUCAUCAUCGCGCUUGCUACUUGGUUCGUCAUACAACGCAAGAGACGGCUGUCGUUCUUUAAAGACCUGGGAAUCCCGGCACCUCCUUCAAGCUUUCUUUCAGGAAACCUCUCUGAAAUUAUACACAAGGGAGCACUCGUGAAAUUCAAGGAAUGGUUAGACAAAUAUGGAGAUAUCGUAGGCUUCUACAACGGUGCUCACCCGUUUCUAAUUGUGAAAGACAUUGAGCUAAUUAAGAAGAUCCAGAUAAAAGAUUUCAACAAUUUUACAAGCCGAGGAAUGCCAUCGAGCUUCGCGCGGAGCCAUCCGAUCAUGAAAUUAAGCUUGGUCAACGUGGAGGGUGACCGCUGGAAAAAAAUCCGCAGCCUUCUCACACCAGCCUUUUCGACGAGCAACAUGAAGAAGAUGAUGAACCUAAUGGACGACAGCACCAACGAGUUGCUCGAUGUCGUUGAGUCCUUGCGGUCGAAGCAGAAUGCCAUCGAGUUUCGCGAGGUGUUCCAGAGGUUAACGGCCGACGUCAUAAUUCGAUCAGCGUUUGGCCUCAAAUCCAAUCUGCAGCAAAAAGAUCGAAGCAACAGCUCUACAGAGUCAUUGUUGCAAGAGGGAAUGAACAGCUUUCAUCAAUUUCGUCAUGCGUGGAUAAACUUCCUUACUGCGUGCUUUCCAGAAUUUACCCCUCUAUGGAGAAUGAUCAUAUCGUACAGUACCAGGCAUAACAAGACUGCCACAGACAGGACAUAUGACGAAGUUGCUCCCAUCAUAGAGUACCGUCGUCAAAACCGCGAGAACGGUAGAAGCGAUCUUCUGCAGCUCAUGCUCAAUGCAGAAGUCACAAAUGAAGUACCCGUUGACGUGCAUUCGCUCACAGCAACCGACAGCGUUGAUAGCGCAUGUCAAGAGAGCCAACCUGCCGAAGUAAACGACAUCGGGAAGAAGCGCUUUCUAACAAACACGGAAAUUUUGGCAAACGGCUUCGCCUUCUUCGUAGCGGGGUUCGAGACGACAGGCACAGCUCUUGCUUAUAUAGCCUAUCUCCUUGCAAAACACCAAGACAUUCAAGGCCGUCUUCGAGAAGAAGUUCUUGCCGUCCUGAAGAGAGAUGGAGCCUUUACGUACGAUAACGCUUUUGGAAUGAAAUACAUGGACCAAGUUAUAUCGGAAUCCCUUCGCUGUAUUUCGCCGGUUAUAGGCUUCACGACAAGGGGAUGUGCUAGUGACUACGUUCACAAGGAUAUCACUAUACCUGCUGGAACCAGCAUUGUUAUUCCGAACCACCAGAUGAACCACGACCCAGCCUUUUGGAAGGAACCAGAAAAGUUCGAUCCUGAAAGAUUCAGCCCUGAAAACAAAGUCCACAUAGAUCCCACAGUGUACCAGCCUUUUGGUCAAGGCCCUCGGAACUGCGUCGGGAUGCGUUUCGCUCAGCUUGAGAUUAAACUAACUAUGGCCAAGCUACUUGCUCAGUACAAGCUUCAUCUAGAUGAGCGUCACAUUAAGCUUGAAUCAGAGAUACUGCCGGGCGGGACUCAUCGUAAAAACCUGCCGGGGCAACCGAUGGAAACGCAGCCUCAGUCUUGCGCCGGACAAGACGCAGCAAGUUUUUGGCACCAGGCGGCUGGACGGCUUCACAAGAUGGGCUACAGGCUGCGUUCAAGGAACAGCAGUGGGAGCGGGCCGGUGAAUGUGCUCGUGCUCGCCGGGCAAACCCAGAGCUUCGGCAAGCUGAAGUCGAAGCAAAACGACAACGACGGGCCGAUCCACAGGGUUGGCGUGAAUCCAGGCUCGUAUGGUGGAGGGGAUCUGGUGUUUAUGACCGUGUUGAUGGUGGUAAGUGAUUCCGAGCGAGCCAUGCUUGAAGCCCUACUUUUGAGCGUCAUCGUCGCACUUGCCGCAUGGUUCAUUAUACAACGCAAGAGACGACUGUCAUUUUUUAAAGACCUGGGAAUCCCGGGACCUCCUCCAAGCUUUCUUUCAGGAAACCUCUCUGAAAUUAUACACAAGGGAACACUGGUCAAAUACAAAGAAUGGUUGAACCAAUACGGGGACAUAGUAGGCUUCUACAGCGGUGCUCAUCCGUUUCUUAUUGUCAAAGAUCCCGAGCUAAUCAAGAAGAUCCAGAUAAAGGAUUUCAACAAUUUUACAAGACGUGGAAUGUCGUCAAGCUUCGCGCGGAGCCACCCGAUCCAGAAACAAAACUUGAUCAACGCGGAGGGUGACCGCUGGAAGAAAAUGCGCAGCCUAAUCACGCCAGCCUUUACGACGAGGAACAUGAAAAAGAUGGUGACCCUAAUGGACGAUGCCAGCAAUGAGCUCCUCGAUGUCAUCGAGGCCCUGCGGUCGAAGCACAAAGCCAUCGAGUUUCGUGAGCUCUUCCAGAGGCUAACGGCCGACGUCAUCAUUCGAUCAGCGUUUGGCCUAAAAUCCGAUCUGCAGCAGAAGGGUCGAGCCAACAGCAGUACCGAGUUACUGUUUCAGGAGAGCUUGAAUACCAUCCAGCAGUUUCGUCGGGCAUGGAUAAACUACUUUACUGCGUGCUUUCCCGAGCUUACCUGGUUGUGGAGAAUAAUCAUAUCGUACAGUUCCGGCCACACCAAGACUGCCACAGACAAGACUUUUGACGAAAUUGCUACUAUCGUAAAGUUCCGUCGUGGAAACCAUGAGAAAGAUAGAAAUGAUCUUCUGCAGCUGAUGCUCAAUGCCGAAGUUGAGGCUGGAGCCCCCGUCAACGUACAUUCACUCACGGCAUCAGACGAUGUUGAUAGCCCAUACCAAGAGGACCAGCCUGUCAAAGUAAACGAAAGCAGGAAGAAACACGUUCUGACAAAUACGGAAAUUGUUGCGAAUGGCUUCACUUUCUUCACGGCGGGGUUCGAGACGACGGGAAUAGCUCUGACUUUUACAGCGUAUCUCCUUGCGAAACACCAAGAUAUUCAAGACCGCCUCAGAGAAGAAGUUCUUGCCGUCCUGAAGAGAGAUGGAGCGUUUACGUACGACAACGUUUUCAGCAUCAAAUACAUGGAGCAAGUUAUAUCGGAAUCGCUUCGCUUUUUUUCGCCAGUGGUAGGCUUCACGACAAGAGCAUGCGCUAGGAACUACGUCUACAAGGGUAUCACUAUACCUGCUGGAACCAGCAUCGUUAUUCCCAACCAUCACUUGAGUCAUGACCCUGCCUUCUGGAAGACACCUGAAAGUUUCGAUCCAGAAAGGUUCAGCCUUGAAAACAAAGACCAGGUAGAUUCCGUUGUGUACCAGCCUUUUGGUCAAGGCCCUCGGAACUGCGUCGGGAUGCGCUUCGCUCAGCUCGAGAUGAAACUAACCUUGGCCAAGCUAAUAUCCAAAUACAAGCUUGCUUUGGACGACCGUCACAUUAAGGAGAAAGAGUUGAAGCUUGAAUCUACCUUCAUCUUGGCGUACCCCCCGGAUGGCAUUUGGCUCAAGGUCGAAAAAGUGUGAAGCUAUAUUUUGCAUUUUUGACGGACUCGGCAGUGUUCGACAU